AUGGAUCGGAAAUUCAACAGAAAUUUGUCGAAUGAAGGCCGAGGAUCAAUCAGCCUACAAAAGAAGAUAGCAGAUAGUAGACACUCUAGUCAAAAUGAACAAAUUCCAGACCUAACUGAUUUUAUGAAUGAUAUGUUCUUCGGAUCAGUUAAUACUGAUAAGAAAACGUACAACCUGACCGGAACUGGAAGCUUUGUUGUCGAUCGAAAUGAUCAAGAAUUUGAGUCGAGUGCAAGGAGUGUUAGCAGCAGGCUAACACAGGAGUGGCUUGAGGAAGCAAAGCAAAUGAUGGCUUCAUCUCCUUCUAGAGACUGUGAUUCGCCAUCUAGAUUGGUUGUCUCCCCAAGAUUUGCAACAACUCCAUGCAGGCUAUCUACAUCUACUAUAGACAAGAGACGCUCUAGGCACACACACUCGAAUAGAUCUGAAAGCAAUUUGGAUCCUCCACAAGCAAAAGCAGAAUCUCCACAAGUCCAAAAAAGGUUCAUCAACAUGAUCAAAAUCCCCACUAGUCCCUCUUCUAAUCCCAGCCUCUCCAUAUCCCCUGACCCCACACCCCCAAGUCCCACUAGUCCUCUUGGAGCCCCACCUCUCCCUCUCCGCCAAUCAAUGAAUCGCAAGUCACGGUUCCAAACGGACCCCAGCUCACAGCUGACACAGCCUAUCCCUACUCCAACUAACCUUCCCUCCAUUUCUAAACGAAGAUUCAAAAAUACCUCAACUGCUACAAAUAAUGCACCUACAACAAUCUUGGACACUGAGUUGCUCUCUCCACCAAAACAUGUUAAGGAGUCUGCUCAUCGGAGGACAAUAUCUUCCAGCACGUGCUCUGUGGCAGAGAUGGACCUCUUGUCACCACCCGGGAACUUGGUGGAGUGGGCUCAGCGGAGGUCUUUAUCCUCUUCCACAUGCAGAAUUGAUAGGAAUUUGCAGAAGAAUAAUUUGGAUGACAGGCAGUUGAUGGAUAAAGAUUUGAAGGUUCAGGACUUGAACGUGUUCUUAAAAGAGCAGAGGAUCAAAAUUGGGAAAAUCUUGAGUGGGGAAAUCAGAAGAAAGGCCAAGAUUGUGCUCUCUGGACCUUCAAACAGCUAA